AUACUGCCUGUUUUUGAGCCGUUUUCUGUUGUUGUUGUUGUUGCUUGUUUUCUCCACUUGCAGGGCCGACACGGGCGGGGCAGCGUCUUCGUGUGGGCGUCGGGGAACGGCGGGAUCCACCGCGACCACUGUGGAGCCGAUGGCUACGUCAACUCUGUGUACAGCAUCGCUGUGGGAGCUGUCACUCACACCGGGGAGCCCGCCUUCUAUGGAGAACCCUGCCCCGCCAUCAUGGCGGUCACGCCCACUGGAGCCAACCCGGACGGAUCUCUGCCGCUGGUGACCGUGUCGAACCUGGAGGAUGGCUGUCAGACCCGGUUUCCAGGGACGUCCAGUGCAGCACCCUAUGCUGCUGGUAUACUGGCUCUAGUCUUGGAGGCCAAUCCUGAGAUGACAUGGAGGGACCCUCCAACACCUCAUCGCCAGGACCGCCAGGAUCCCUGAUCCCUCGGAGCCAGGGUGGAUGAUCAAUGGAGCCGGCUACCACGUGCACCACAGGUACCUCGCUGCGCCGACACUCCUCCCCCCACUCCUCCAACCCCCUUCCACCCCUGCGGAGAUGGGUGUCAUGAAUGUUGACACGCCCAUUCACGCUUGGUUGGUGCCAUCGUAGGGCCAGGGGGCCUUGGCCCUCCCUGGGAAGGGAACACAUGAGGGAUUACAUCAAAGCCCACCAUGAGGCCGUGUUGGUUUUUAAAUGGCACUCGCUUCAACACAAAC